AUGACUGAUUGUUAUAAACGAUUAUCAUUUUAUUUGAAAGCCCUUUGUGUUGUGCUGUGCGUAACCUUCAGCUUAAGAGCUGAAGACAAUGAAAGAGUAGUGGAAUUUUCUGAUGUAGCUCCUCCAGAAUAUGACUAUUUGUCUCCACCUAUGAUUGACGGAAAACCAGUCCACGUCAAUGUAAGCAUCAGUAAGCUUAAUAUUCGUACAGUAGAUGAAUCAGAUAUGUCUUUUUCAGUUGUAAUUGAGCUAUGGCAAGAGUGGAAUGACCACAGACUUCAAUACCCUUCUUGGGCAAUAGGAAAUAUCCAAAUCCUGGAUUCCAGUUGGAUGACAAAAUUGUGGACUCCCAAUCUGUACUUCCUGAACUCAGUCGAUGGCAAAUUAGAUAACGUUAUCAUGCCUAGUAGCUUCUUCUGGCUAACCCGAAAUCUAAAUAUAAUUUACUGUUGCAGAGUUGUAUUAAAGUUGAUAUGCGAAAUGGAUCUUGUUUACUUUCCCCAUGACGAACAGUUUUGUGGAAUACAAAUGGCUUCAGGAGUUUGCUCCACUUUAGGAUCAACAUUAUAUUCAGAAUACAAUCUUUUCAAUGUAGAAGGAUGUGGCAAAAUUAAAAUUAUUCUCAACUAUUACAGAAAUAUAUUGCUUUCACAUUUAGAUAAUCUUUCCUGUUUGGAAGAAACGAUACAUCUUCGUCGAAGAAGUGGCUAUUACCUCAUCAACGUUUAUAUCCAAACCGUUCUUAUUGUCAUCAUGUCCAUGCUGACUUUUUGGAUUCCACCCGACGCAGUUCCGGCUAGAGUAACACUGGGCGUAACAAGCUUGUUGACCAUUAUCACAAAGCAAUACCAAGCCCAAAUGCCAAAUGUGUCGUACAUUGUCGCUCUGAAUGUAUGGCUGUCUUGCUGCAUCGCUUUCGUUUUCUUCAGUCUUUUGGAAUUUGCAGUGGUCAUCGCUCUUAGUAGAACAUCUAUGAGAAAAAGCUAUCGGUUCCAUAGCCGUCCUGAAUCAGAACUUCCCAUGGUGUUGCUGAAAGCCAAUGGAAAGUGGUCCAUGAAAAACGCAUGGGCGCUGAAAGCCGAGAAAGAAGAAAGCCCCAUACCUACCUAAACGUUUAGACUUCAUUUCCAGGAUUUUAUUUCCGGUCUCAUUUAUAACAUUUUGCAUAUCAUAUUGGAAAUGUUACAGCUGAGAAUUAGAUUCACGUCUUUAAGUGACUUCUUGACUGUAAAUCUGCACAAACCUAUUAAGUUUUUAUAUUUGUGAAAUCAGUAUGUGUGCACUUUCAUUUAACAUAUAUACAAUUAAUGAAAAUUAAUCUUUGAAACUAAAUUUUUUGCAUAUGGUUGAUAUUUAAUUAAGUAAUGAUAAAUGAAAAAUUAUUUCAUAUUAAUGAUAAAAUAACUACAAAUAUCAUUUGGUUACAUAUAUAAAAUCUUCCCAGAAAAUCUCGUUUAAAUACAAGCUUCCUGAUCAUACUCCUUCUGCAAUCAGUUUUGUUUUCCAGACAGGUAAAAAUAACGGAAUAAAUAAUAUCAAAAUUCUUUUCCAUUUUAGAAAUACUCGUACUUAAUAAAGCGUUUUGAUUGAUUAUUAAACAAAACAAGCUGUUACGUUUUCCUGCUGCUGUAAUGGUGAAAAUGCAUGACUGCCUAGCUAAUAAAUCUCGAAUCGCAAGUAAGACAUUCAAAGGCUUACAUAAAUGUUUGCUAUCACAAGUCUGCCUGAAGUAGCAAAAUUACCUGUGCAUCUAGAGGCACAAAAGGAAGGACGCUCGGGCAACGCUCUCAAGAUAAAAACUGGAAGUUGAAUAGGACGUAAUUGAUGGAGUUUUGGAGUAAAGUUUCGUCUUAAUAUCAAAAAAUAUAUUAUUAGAGUUAGACAAAAAUGUUGUUGGUGUCAAACCUAAAUAGAGUGAAAACAUUUUUUACAAAUAAACUUGUUACUCGUGUAAACAGUUUGGACAUUUUGUGUAUUGCUUAUGCCUCAGACUGUUUUCUGCGUCCACAGAAAUAAUGUCUUUUAUAUGGUCUCUAUUAUAGUGUAUUAGUUGUUGAAAUCGUGCUCUGAAGCUUUCCAUAACACAAUGCAAUAUCUUCUGGGUCAUCAUUCUUUGAGAUCCUGCAGUAUUGUUGGCUUGCAUUUGUUCAAAACCUCUUUUAAAUUAGCCUUAAAUAUCAUAAAGAAUAAUACCGCACGAAUAUGCCGUCCAACUCAGCUCUAAGUAGAGAAAUUACGUUAUUAUGUUGGGUCUGGCCUCUUUCAAAGGAGAAGUCUGCAACCAUACACAUUUAGGGACGCCAAAGUAUGAAUGUAAGAGAAUUCAAUUGAAACUAUUGAAGUCUUGCUAUAGCCAUUUAAGUCAACAAAUCGCAGUGUUAUCGAAAACAACUGGAAUUCCAUGCAACAUCCUGUAAAACAAGUAAUUCUGCUCCUCCAAAUGCAACAAAGCUGGUGCACAAAACUCCUUCACACUUAUGGAGACUGUUUCUGCAGUCAUAUUCUCCUAUGAAGUACUUACAAAAUAUUUAAUUAGUGAUUUUUUUUUUUCAUUUCGGUAUAGUUGGUGGUACAGGAAGGAGCUUAAGAUAAAAUGACCAAACAAUCCGGGUUAUGGCGGACAGUCUUGCAUUUCAGUACAGUGCCCCAAAACAUGUCCUAUCAUCUAAAAAUGUUCUCGAAUUUUAUAAGAACAGUUCAUAUAAAUUUUGUCUGUGCUGAUUUUGGAUAACCAGUUCAGCACUUCGAACUGUAAUUUUAAUAUAUAAUAUUCGACUCAGGAAAAGAACACAGUUUGUUUUUAACUACUCCUGGUUUCCAAAUUCUUCACACCUAAAAUGCGAGCAAAAAUGGUGAAUAACAAAAAGCCACCAACUUUGGAUUGGCAACUGAGGUGGGACGGAAGGUCAUUAUAUAUUUCCCGAAUCGCAUUUAGGUGGAAGAAUAUAAGGAAUGAAAGGCUUUCUUCUCUUUCAUGUAUCAGCUUUUGUUGGAUACUGAUCAAGCUGAGUAUCAGAAGACAGCAUAUCCGAUUCCUAUUAGCGACAAACUAUUUUAACUAUUUCUCGCUGCCCAACUCAUGGUCUCUGCGCAGUACAUUGGAUAGAACAAUUUUUAUAUUAAUGUAUAUUUAAAAAUACAUCUGUAUUAUUGCCGUUCUGAUUUACUUUUCAUUUCAUCUCUCGGGGUCGUCUACCUUUAUUGCGAUUUGUACGCAAGAGAUCUUGUCUCUAAGAGUAAAUAAUUAGUAAACUUAUCAAUUUCUGUUCAACUAUGCAAAUUAGCACAGACACCUAAAGAGCUCGCACUAUCAGUAGCUCUUUUAGUUUGAAAGUUCCAAGGGGCACUCAGUGCAUAGAGUAAUGAAAAUUAUUGAUCCAUCAGCAGGGUUCUGCUUUUUAAGAUGGCAGUGAUGCCACUGCUUGCAGUGCUUUAUUAUAACCGGAACGGGUAUAAAAUCACUUACUUUUCAUUUUACGAGUGCGUUUGAGCUUAAGGCAUAACAUACAUAGUCUUGAUUGACGAUUUUGAAAAAUUUUGAUAUAUCCCCCAAUGCAUGCAGUAAUUCAUGUCAGGCAUCUUCCAAAGGAUAUGUGGUUAAAUUAUUUGAAUACUUCAAAAUACAAGAGCAAGAGACACGCUCAUGGAGAAGUGGCUUAAACUCACGUUACAGGAAAAAACAUGAAAACCAACAAUGAACUAAAGUCGAACUACCAGUAUUCAGCGAUCCUAACCGCUCGGCCACUGCUAGGGCCUUUCAGAGGAUGUACAGUAGAUAUUACUUCAUGAUUUGGAAGAUAUAGGAAAUUACCAGUCGAAUCGACUCUUCUUGGUUAAGAGAAUCAACGUCUUAACUUACAUUUUAAACAUUUACAACUGGUUCUCAUAUAUAGUUAUGGGAUUCAAUUUUCCGUUCAUAAGAUACGUUUGUUCAGUUUCUCAUUAUGAAGUUGAAAUUUUUUUAAGGCUCAUUAGUCAUACUUGCCCCUUAACUUUGACUUAGCCUGAAAGUUAGAAAAACCUAAAAGUUCAUUUUAAAUCUUGAAAGCAUGAAGAUUCACCAAAAUAUAUAAAUGCACUGAACUGCUACAGAGGAGACAGACGUUUGUUCAAAAUUAGAUUAAAUUUUACUAGAAAAAGUAAUUUUAUGCAUACAUUGUGCACAUUCAUUAUGCAUACAUUAUGCAUAAUGAACUGUAUAUAUUAUUGUGUUUUCUUUUAAUAUGCUGUA